UUCACAUUGUUCUCAUUCUUCUCAUCUCCUAAGAGAAGGAAACUCAGGAGAUGAGAAAAAAAUUUUGGUGGUUGUUUUUAAACAAUAAUAUAAUACACAUUAAAUCUUUGAAACGAUACCAACUUAAAGAAGAAGAAGCUGCGUUGAUCUUCCCAAAAGAUCCUCCAUGGUUCAAGCCAUGGAUGGUUCCUGUUAUGAUGAUUUUCGUUCUCUUUGUCUUUUCUAUUGUAGGAAUUUGUCGACGUUGUCACAAUUGUCGUCGAGGCGAAAAUUCUCCCAGUAUCCAUCCUAUCACCUAAUUAUUUAGACUCUUUGUUUUUUUUUUCUUUUGAUAAAAUGUAAAUCAUUGUUGGUGAAAUAUACAUUUUACAGUU